CACGUGUUCCAUAUCCACAUUGGAUACUUGAGUUAUGUCUUAUUAUGGUGUUACUUAGUACAGAUAGUAGUAACAAGACGUUUUAAAAGAGCAGUUAAACCGGGGUUAAUUGAUUUAAAGUCCUGUAGUUACAGAACCCAUAGCCUCCGUUCAUCCAUUUUGUUAGUGCUAAAGUCUACUUUACCACAUAACCGCGAAGAUAUGCAAGUAAAAUAUUGCUCCAAGUGACAAUCUUGGUGAAACUGCGCCCUCCAUGUGUGCAACCCUACCUCAAGAAACCGGAUACGGAUGUGAGGUUUGAAUACAACAGCUCCAGGACCGCGUUGGAUGCCUGGUUUUUACAGAGAUGAGCGGUGAGAACGUGAAGUUGUUUGUAGGGAACCUUCCUAUAGAUGCUACGCAUGAAGAACUGAACAAGCUCUUUGCUCCAUAUGGAGAGAUCAACACCUGCUCGUUGCUCAGACAGUAUGCCUUCGUUACCCUGAAGGGAGAGGGGGCAGCAGACAGGGCGAUACGACAUCUUGAUGGCAAAGAGUACCGCGGCAGACCCCUGGUAGUCGAAGAGUCACGAGCACGCCCACCCAACUCCACUAAAGUGUUUGUGGGGAACCUCAGCGCUACAUGUUCAGCAGAUGACUUGCAUGGGCUGUUCUCAGCCUUCGGAAGAGUUUUAGACUGUGAUAAAGUCAAAGCAAGGUUAUGCUCAAAUGUCGGCUAUGCGUUCGUGCAUAUGGAGAGGAAGGAGGAAGCCUUGGCGGCUAUUGAGGCGCUCAAUGGGACCAUGUUCAAGGGGCGUCAGUUGGCUGUAGAGCUCUCCAAAGCCCAACCUCUGAUAAACCAGAUUAUGACAGCCGGAAAUUCAGCUAACCCCACAGGUGCUGUAACAGCAGCAGGUGGCAGAGAGGGUCUUCUUCCACGACCGCCUCCGUCACUAGAGCAUCAUCAGAGUCAAGCAGCUGUGCUAGCUGCAGCUGCAGCUGCUGCAGCUGGAUUACCCAUACAAGUUCAACAAAGUGUCCAUAACUCUUUCUACAACACCACAUCCUUUGACCCCACCUAUGCUGCCCUGAAAGGGAUCACCAGUUCUAAAGGUGCAGAUGGAGUCAUAUAUGGAGCUCUUGCCAGCCAAGUGUAUGGAUCUGUAGCUGACCAGGUGUUUCAUGAGAUGGCAAAUCACAAUUCUGCAUCGACCGCAGUUGAGGAAGAGGUGGAGCCCCAGACUGUACCAGAUCCAACAACACUUUUCGAAGCAGCGAGAGCCAAGUUCUUUCAGGAGGGACAGAAGGUUCUGGCAGAGCAGCAGGCAGGAAGAAAGGCUGCACCUUCAGAUAAUGAGCGGGACCGCAGCCCAAUACGAGGAAAUCGAGCUCCUCUCCUCCCUGACCCUGUUCCAGGUUCAUUUGCUCAGAUACGCCCCAAACGACGCGCCCUGCUUCCAACACCACCUGGAGCACCUGAAGACCCUGUCGCUGCCACCACCACAACUCCUGAAGGAGCGGAUCCUGUUGCGAGGUCAUAUACAGAAUACUACCAACAAAUGCAUCAGUACCAACAGUAUCAACAGUACCAGCAACAGUACCAGUACCUCCAGUAUGCCUACACCAAUCCUCCACCACCACCUCCGCCUCCACCGGCAACCACACAGGCACCUGCUUCCACCACAACCCCUGCACCACCAGGGACAUACACAGCACUCCCAACAUAUGCCGCAUCGGAUUCCUAUGCAGCCCCAGGAACGUACGACACUUCGGGAAGUUAUGACGCCUCAUCCAGGAGCUACGACGCUUCAUCCGGGAGCUAUGAUGCCUCGUCUGGAAGCUACGACGCCUCAGCGGGCUAUGACACAUCUGGAGGCUACGGGGCACCGGGAGCAUAUGAUUCAUCGGGAGCUUACGGAGCGGGAAGCUACUCCACCUCCACACCGUAUGAGCAGACACCCGCACACGGGCAACCCAUGCCCCCGCGCCACGAUUACCCUUACCACACGCCAGAACCCCCUUAUCGAUAGUCCCACCCCCCUCCCACACGCUCCUUACACAUGGCAGAUGUGUGAUUGUGUGUGUGCGCGUGUAUGUGUUUGUGUGUGUACGUGGGCGAGCAUACAUAAGGGACAGUUUAAAGGGGAAAAACUAGAGAGUGGGCAAGGUUGUGAUUCUCCCCUGUUUCUCCAUCUUGACCUACUAGUCUCUCAAUGGAUGAUUACUCAGUUAAGUGGAUGAUUAUGAGCUAGCAAGGUCUCUGGAGUAGUGGAGAUGAGGGAGGCAGCUGAUACUGGAGUGCUGUUAAGCAUUUAUAGUUCCUGUUAGAUGUGAUAUAGGGGCACAGCUGGUUCCUUGUUGAAUGUUAAAGCUUAAAUUUUGCCUCAAACAAGGUCGGACUCAGAAGUUGGGUUUUUGUCAGUUCAAAAGAGCUUUCUGUUCGGUGUCAGGCGAAGCCCUUUUAUGUACUCUACAUAAAAGAUUGUUGCUGCAUGAAAUGUGCAGUCAGGCAACUCUUUACAUCAUCGUAUAUUGCAGGCAAAAAAUAAAAAUUACAGAUAAGUAAAUUAUAAACCGGUUUUAUCUAUGGAAACAUAUCCUGUCCAACUGGGACUGUAUGGCUUUGUUAUUGUUUUUAUAAAACACUAAUUUCUCUACAGGCCCAUGAUGUUCAUUCAUGACGGCCAACUUUGGGUUGGCUGCAAUUUAAUGCGCUGUUAAGCUGUAUUGCUUUAUACUGAUUGUUUCUAUAAGUUUGUCCCCUCUUUAUAUAUCUGUCAGGGUGUUGAAGAAACAUCUCUUUGUAUAAUGUUGAUCAGUUAGACAGCACCUCAAAAUGCAGUCUGCUAUGAAGAACACAAAGUUGACUCAGCACAUCUCCAACAAUAACAAAGUACAAACAGUUGUGCUUGCAUAUUUGUUGUGGCUUUUGUAGAGUAUGUAACAAGGCUUAGUCUGAAGUCAUUUGUAGCGACGCUUUCGUAACAAGAAACCUGUUUUGAUCAGACGCGUAACCUCUACAUGUAAUAUGGUCUUUGAUGAAGAUGGAAAGCAGAGCUGAGGUAAAAGGAAGUUUGAGUGGUUAAUCAAAUUGAUUGUUGCAUUUACUGAGGAAAUUUGAUCCCGUACAGAUUGAAAAUGUGUUGUUAAAUUGACCAGAUGGCAUCUCAAAUAAUGUAUCAGGCCGGUUUCACUUAAGCCCCUUUCAGACAUGGGAUAAAAAACAUCAGUCUUAUAGAUUGACAGCAGUUGGAUUUUACAUGAAUUCUUCCCACGGCUUCGUUCAGGCACACACACAGCUUGCAAUAUAUCCAAAAGACCUAUCUCACUGGUGGCAUUGUAAGCAUCACUCUGUAGAUGUAGUUUCACUUGAGAACAUUUGUUCUCUCCUUCAUCGUCAGUACCAGCAGGGUUUCUCUGAUUUUGAGUGUGUGGGCUGCCGACUGAGCUGCUUCUCCCACACAAGCUCAGAGAAAUCAUCCUGUCUUCUGAACUGAAUAAAGCAAACACAUACACUUGAUUAUUGUUUAUGACGCACAUGUGACAGCAUGCAUCCAGACUUGUACCAUGUUGAAAGAAAUAUGUAAAUCUUACUAGGUAGACCUAGUGAGAUUGCUGUGUCUGAAAGGGGUUUUAGCUGACGGUGUAGUCUUAAAAAAAAUAAAAGAAUGGGGGCUGUUCACAUGAAAACAUUUCCUGAGCUUACUCGUUUGCAGGGUUUGAGGUAAAUUUCUAGACCAUCCUCCUAAAAAAGAGUUGGACUGGUUUAUGAUGGAUAUAAGCAGUGUGUGAAUAACCUGCUUGAUGUUUCGUAGUUUUGUUUUUUUGGGCAGUAUUGAUUAAAGCAGAGUAGACCCACAAGAGUGCAUGAUUUCAAUUGAGGUAGAUGAUUAUAAUUUACCUUACUUUUCUUCCCCUCUUGGCUUUCUGUAAAUCUUGAGGUCUGUCCAAACAAAAAUAUGUUCCAACCUCAGGAACUGAAUAUAUCCUGUCAGUCUUUGCUUUGAAGGUCAGUUUUGCCUUUAAACGUCAGAACAGAGUCUUCACGUAAUUUAGUAGUUAUUCACACUUAGUUCUUUCUCUCUUCGUUUUGUGUUGAAUGCAUCCACAUCUUUCUCUGAUUUUAAGCAACAUUCAGUUGUUCAAUAGUUUUGGGGGGUUUUUGUUGGUUUUGUAUGUAUGUGAAUUUAUAAGAGCCAGGAGGAAUGUCAGCAAGCGAUGCAUGGCCAAUGGAGCUAAUAGAAUUUGAGCAAUUAAAAUUCAACUUUUAAUUUUUCUUUCUUUCCUUCCUUUGCUUUUUUUUUUUUUUUUUUUGACAUCUUCCAUUAUUUUCCAUUAUGUCGGGAGUCUCAUCAGCUGCUGUCAUACAUUUGGUCUCACGGAUAGCUGUGGCAAUUUAGACAGAGAGAAAAUCUACAAUUCGGUACAAAUGUAAAUAUUUAAAAAGAUGCCAACCAACAUUUGGUAGGAAUAUUGACUGUUAAUAAAAACAUAGUGAUUGUAUUUCUUUCUAAACAGUUGGAGACCUGGUGUAGUUGGACAGUUCAGUUGUACCAGACUCGUAAAAAGAGGCAGCCGGUUUGUAUGGCAGGAAGGGGUUACAGUUGUGUUUAUAGCAUUUAGUGAGUGAUGGUGAGUUGUAGUGGCAUUGGCGAGUGAAGUAAAAAGAGAAAGCAAGUGUUCGUGUAUCGUAGGGUUUUAAGCCGAGCAGACUUAAGGUGACGUUCUCAGUCCUGCUGGUGAUGCGAAAGUCGUUUUGGAUUUUUCCUGGGCAGAAGUGAGAAGGCUCGAAGACCUUUCCUUUUCUCUUCUGAUCUCACCAGAAGCACACACGGGCUUUCUCAGCAUCCAAAUCACACCUAGACAGCUUUCACCUUAUAACUGGGUUAGUUCAUAUAAUUUAUAACAGACUACACGUGCGAUGCAGUGCAAAUAAUACUAAUGCACACCUGAUUCUUCUUGCAUUUCAUGACUCUCAUUAGUUGCUCCGAUGUGAUUGUACCACACAUUAGCUACUCACAUUACUUCUUAUUCAGCACGCGAACUGAUAGUGCUGCGAUUCAUUUUAAGUGACACAUAGCCUCUCUACAUUUCCACAUUAUUCCACCUUCUCCAUGUGAACUGUUAGUUGCUUGCCUUGUUGUUGCUGCUGCUCCAGCCACCUUCUUCCUCUUGCUGAUUAUUGCAGCUAGAGUGGGAGGGAGCCAAACUGAGCCCUUGCCCUGGACGUACGGCACACGCAGCUGUAGCGUGGAAUGGGGAAAAAAGCAGCGUUA